GCUCUGACAAAAACGACCGUUAGCGAAAAACAAAAAGCAAAGUGCAGUAGAGAAAAAGUUGCAGCGCAAGAAAGUGUUCAGAUUUAAUUUUUUCUGUAAAAAGUUCACACCAAUUGUGUGCAAUUUGUUUAAAUGUGGUAAUAUAAGUGCAAAAAGUAAUCUUCAUCGGCAGCCAUGAAUCGUGUGAUGCGGAGUUACACUCCCGAUUUAAAAACAUCUCGAAUGUCAACAAUCGGGACUCCGCUGUCGGUGGCGUCGCCAUUGGCAGGGUCUGCCAGCCGACGACGAUAUUCAGUCGCAACUACAUCGAUUCGUUUUAACGCUAAAGUUUCAUUAUCUGUUGCUCCCGAAGAAAAGAACUUUACCCCUCCUGAGCUCGUCGAAACGACGCCCGUUGCGAUUAAUCAUGUGAGAAAAAGUUUAAGCCAAGGGGCAACCCCUGGAAGCACAACGAAAAAGAUGAGUCUCCAUGAAAAUUUGAUGCUGAAAAUAUUGGCCACUCCUGUCGAUCAACCGUUAUCGAUACAUGACUCCGAUUCGUCUGAAAUUUCGUUCUGCUCGGUAGAAAGUUCACCUUGCCUUGAAAAUGUAAUGGAUUCUGAUGAUCUACUGCGCUGCACGACACCUCCAGCAGCUACGGAUCUUCACAGCAACCCUCGGUUGGCCCGGUUGUAUAAGGACCUGCAAAGUCCAUCAGCAACAACACGGCUUCGUGCUUUACGAGCUCUCAAGUCUCCUACCAAAAGAGAUGCUUAUGGACAGUUCGAUGUCCCACACGAGGAACAGGACAUCAUCACGGUUGAAGAAAGAAUGUCACGGAAGAGAACGAUUCAGGAAGUACUGUCAGGAGUGUGUAUAUAUGUGGAAGUUCGUUCUGGAUCGGAUAACCGCUCAAAUGGGAUAAAAGAUCAUAUUGCUGCUCUUGGAGCGAAAGUGAAUGACCGCUUGUUAAAAGAUACAACACAUGUCAUCUUCAAAGACGGUCUCCUCUCCACUUACCAAAAAGCGAAAAAGAUGAACAUACCGGUGGUUUCGAUACUGUGGAUCGAGGCUUGCAAGCAACACCUAUGUCUCAUGAAUCCGAAAGAGUUUCCCAUCUCUAACCAAGAGCGAUAUGAGAACCCAGAAUUAUAUAAAAAGAUACGGCGUCAAAAAUCUAUGCAACCCCGAGCAGAUGAAGAGAUCAGGUCUGGUGGAAAAAAGCGACCUGCACCCGUCCUGGCAGAUUCGAACGAUUCUAAAUCUAUCGUUUCUCCUCCAAACAAACUUCCGGUGCUGCGUCGCCUACCCAAAGACGAUGGCUUGGAGCGCAUUCUUAGCGAAUUCCAAGCCGAAAAUCAAAGCACAUCGGAACCGCAAGACGACUUCGACAAGCUCUUGAUGGGACCGAUGAGGUUGCUGGAACGUUUAAGAAAUUCUCCGGCUACAACAUCUUCCGGUUCAAAACCACCAAACGCUGUCGAAGAUGAUGAAGUUUUCAGUACUCCCACAGGAACAACAAAACUAAUCCGCAAAUCGUUGUUCAAUGGAUCGGUAGAAAAAGAAAAAUCCUCUACGGAUGGACGUCAAACUAGAAGAAGAAGUAGUAGCGCUUGCAGUGAGGAUGAACUUUCUAAGGAAAGCUUUUCAUCAGCUAAAGGAACAAGGCAACGGAGAAAAACGAUGCUUUUUACGCCUAGAAUUACCAGUGUAGAAGAGGAGACCGAGUCACCUCUUCCGGUGGCAAAUGCAGCUUCUGAGAGAAAAUCGGUCAGAAAUCGAAGAAAAACCAUUCUCGUGACUUCAACAAAGGAGAACAGUCCUCCGAAGAAACGGGAAACUAUCGUUUCCCCGAAGGCAAUGGAAUUGUGCAAAAGCAGUAGCCUGAAUUCGGAGACGACCGCAAUGCCGAAACAGAAUACUCGUGAAACUGUAUAUUCACCUCGUCGAAUGGAUCAAAGUUUGGAAAAGACUGAUAAAAUAAUUUUAGCGGAAGAAAGCGAUCGUUCUCGUAAAACGCUUCACCCCACCAAUAAAGAGAACAUUAUUGAAACAUCGACACGGGAUACAAUUAAAACUCCCGAGCUUGACUCCAAAGUUUUAGAGUCUUUUCGUACUAAUCGUAGAAGGACCUUAUACACUCCUGGAGUUUACGAUGAGUCGGACAAAAUACAAGUAAAUGACGGUAGUAAAUCGGCAAGCAAACGAACUUCUUUGUUUGAACCUGCAGCAAAUUCAACUACAACCUUAGCAUGCACUCCGUUGUCGAAACAGUCUGUACAAAAUCGAAGGAGAACAUUAUAUACGCCCAGUGCUUCACUGGAUGUUCCGGAAACACCGACAAAAGAAGAUACGGGACGACCGAAGACACCAGCAUCAGCGCUGGUUCCGAAUAGAAAUAACACUCUUCUCGAAGAAUAUAAAUCGAAUCUCACAUUCAGUUCAACCAGAGCGCCGACGAUCGAUGGGCCAUCCAUUUUAGACAUCUCAAGGGAUAUUAUUAACAAACGGUUAUCUCUUAUUAACAUGCAAUCCAAAAAGACUGUUGAGAAAACAGAUGAAGCAGCCAAAGAGUUGAGUAGACAAAGUUCCGCUGAACUAGCUUUGAAAUCGCCUCCCCCGAGAUCGACCUUGGUCUCUCGCCAAACUUCGCUGGAUACCUUCUAUCGUAAACUCUCAAAGUCAUCAGAAAAGACUGUGAAAUUUAGUGCGAACCAGCUGCAGGAUGCUGCAACAACGGUACCCAGAAAGCGUAAACUCUUCAACGCACAACCAUCGAUAACGGAGAUUGAUUCCAACAUUUCGGUGUCGGGGAUAACAUCCCUGUCGCAGGUUGAAGAGAAUCCAAAUAAACGUCCAAAAAAUGUUACUCCGACUCUCAGCAGACGUCGUUCCCUUGCUGCUACCUCUCAGACUUCCAAAUCGGCUACCAACAUCAGAACUGCCUCCCGGAGAAGUACAAUGCUCUUCGAACCGCGACCUCCUGGCAAUGAUCGCGGCUCUAACUCGCAACCGGUUCUGUCAGCAGGUGCCGCUCGACCUGUGAUGGGAACGCAGGCGCGCACGAUGAAAGUGCUCGGACUGGGAGCGGGAUUACCGACCGUUACCGCUUCUCAGCAGAAGCAGCCAUCUUCGGCGGUGGCCUUCAGGACAGGACAGUUCCAUUUGGCAACCACCAACCUUCACAGCGCGCAGUACGCCUUCGUGAAAGAGGCAGUAGCAAAGCUAGGCGACUUUCAGGUGCACAGCGAUGUCGACGACCGAACGACCCACCUGGUAACACUGGGGCCACGACGCACUAUCAAUAUUCUGAGGGCGUUGGCACGCGGUCUCUGGAUCGUGACGUACGACUGGAUCGAACAGUCCGCCAGGGCUAGCCGAUGGCUACCGGAGGAGCAGUUUGAGCUGCGCGAUUUCUCCGCCGCCGUGCAGAUUUGUCGCAGCGAAAGGCAAGCGUUCGGCUCACGGUAUCGUAUGGAAUUGUUCGCCGACUGUGGUGCCUUCUACGUAUCGCAACAUUGUCAGGUGCCCCAGGAUCAACUGCGGGAGCUAAUCAUCACGUGCAAAGGUAAGCUUGUCGGUAACGCCUUGAAUGCGAAAUAUUUGAUUGUUCAAUCCAGACGGGACGUAAAGCACGUUCCGAGCGGGUCGUACUGUUUGGGUCCAAUGUGGGUACUGGAUUGUAUUAGUUUUAAUAAGCUUAAGAAAACUUACAAGUAUUUGGUGAAAGACUGACUCUAGUGCGAUUCGAACGAGUUUUUAAAUUUCAAUUUGUUUUUAUGGACUGAUCAAUCAUUGUGCAUUGAGUUAUGUAACUUAUUUUUUACGGUCGGAGCUCUACAUAGUAAUUAAAAACAAUAAUUAGGAUCAGAAGAGUAACAAGUAUUUUACUAUGAAGUAAGCAACCCAUAAGUAAAACAUCAAAAAAUAGAAAAAACAGA